AUGCGUAGCAGCUGCUGCAGCAGCCGCAGCCGCUGUGCGCAGCAGCGCAGCUGCGCUGUUCGUUGCGUAUCAGUGCUGCUCGCUGUUGCAGUAGCAGUAGCAGUAGUUGCUGUCGCAGCCGCCCUGCCGCCGCCGCGUGCUGCUGCUGCUGCCGCUGUCAGCAGUAUCGAAGCUGUAGCAGUAGCAGUAGCAGCAGCGUAUCGAAACCCGGCAGCCGCAGCAGCCGUCAGCGUAAUCAGCUGCCGCUCAGCAGCAGCUGCCGCUGUUGCCGCUGCAGUAGCCGCUGUUGCCGCAGUCAGCUGCUGUUGCAGCUGCUGUUGCCGCUGCCGCUGUAGCAGCCGCUGCCGCAGCAGCAGCAGCAGCAGUAUCGACUGCUGCUGCCGCAGUAGCUGCCUCGCAGCAGCUGUUGCUGCCGCUGUCAGUUGCAGCAGCAGCUGCUGCAGCCGCAGCAGCAGCAGCAGUUGCUGCUGCAGCAGGGCCGCAGCAGCAGCCAGCAGCAGCAGUAGCAGCAGCCGCAGCAGCUAUGCUGGCAGCAGCAGCAGCAGCGCAGCAGCAGCAGCAGCAGCAGCAGCAGCAGUUGCAGCAGCAGUAGCAGCAGCGCUGCUGCAGCAGCAGUGUUGCCGCAGCAGCAGCAGCAGCUGCAGUUUGCCGCUGUUGCUGCAGCAGCAGCAGCAGCAGCAGCAGUUGCAGCAGCAGUUGCUGCAGCAGCAGCAGCAGCAGCAGCAGCAGCAGUAG